CUGAGUGAUCAACCAUGCCAAUUGUUCGUGUUCUAGACUGUCAUCACAUGCAGUAUUUUGUAGCUCGUCGUGCACAUCAACAACGUCUCAAGCUGUAAUGAACGAGCCCGCAUAGCAUUUUUCACUCCCUCAAUGGCACAAUCAAAUUCAACAAACACAUCAGCACAGCCCAGAGUGUGGCUCGUGACUGGCUGUUCUUCCGGGCUUGGACAGCACAUCGCUCGCGCAGUGCUUGCCCGUGGCGACAAGAUCAUUGCUACAGCACGCCAGCUGUCGGAUUUAGACUACAUUAAAGAUCAACCUGGCGGCACUGAUCGGGCGCACUGUAUCACGCUCGAUGUAACAGUCUCGAGCGAACAGAUCCAGGAGAACAUUGACAAAGCGAUCAAGCAUUUUGGACACAUCGACGUUUUGGUCAACAACGCUGGCUACGUUUUGUCGGGAGUUCUGGAGCAGAUCAGCGAUGAAGAACUAAGGAAUCAGAUGAACACGAACUUCUUCGGUGCUAUAUCAGUGACCCGUUCUAUACUACCGUACAUGCGCAGGGCUCGCUCGGGCGUUAUCUUAUUCAUGGGUAGUAUAUCUGGGUGGUACGGCGUAGGAGCUGGAUCGCCGUACAGCGCGUCAAAGUUCGCAAUCGAAGGAGCCGCAGAGUCUCUGGCAAGAGAGACAGCCCAUCUGAAUAUCCGCACACACAUCCUUGUCCUCGGCCAAUUUCGCACCAACAUUCUCUCCUCGAUGCGUCAAGCAGGGCCGUUGUGCUCGACGACCGGCUUAGUCGACUAUGAUCCCGUCAAGACCGAAAUGGCCAUUCGUCACAAGGAAACUCAUGGCAAGCAACCCGGAGAUCCACAUGCCGCAGCAGAGAAGGUGGUAGAUAUUGGCAGAAUCGAAAACUUGAGUGAAGCCGAACAGCAGGGGUUAGACUCGUUACGUAUACCACUUGGGACCGAUGCAAUACAGGUCAUGCAGACGAAGUGCGAGCAGACGCUGCAACAUCUCAAAGUAUGGGGUAACUUUGCAGCUAGCACUGAUUAUGAGAAUGUGGAGGCCGUACCUAGCUAUCUGAGAUAGAAUGUUCCUCGCGGCAAAGUUUAUUAGGAAAAUUACAUGAACC